UAUACUAAAAAAUGCAGUUUUAAAAGAAGAAGAAUAUUUUGUUGCACCACCAGGCAACAUACCUUUACAUGAAGUACAAAUUGAAUCAGACAAACAGACAACGCAAGUCAAGAAUGAAAGCUGAAUUUCAAAAACUUCUAUCAUUACGAUUUUUUUUUAAAAAAGCUCAAAUAUCUAAAAAUAAAUUAACUGUAGAUUUAGAACAACCUAGUAAAAUACUUGUUCAAAAUAUUCAUCACAGUUGGCUUAAAUCGAUUCAUAGUAAAACUGUUAAUUUUCCCAUAUAUUUAGACAAAAACUUUGCACAGAAAUAUGCUAAAACUUACUAUGGUUUCAUUAACCAAAAUACUUGUAAUAUAAAUAAUAUAUUAUAUGAAGAAAAGGGUGAUGAAUAUAAUGUAGAAAAUAAUGUAAAACUUGAUUUUAACCUCGUGGUUCCAAAGGCUGAUAUUAUGCAAUAUUUUAUACAAUGGCAGAGGUAUAGGAAAUACUGGUGGAGUUCAGUGACAACCACACCCAGUCUCUUCUCCAUAAAUGAUAUGAAGCAUGAUCUUGGAAGAUCACAUGUAAAUAUUACAGCAAAUUUUAAAUGGGGUCCGCAAGUUGUAGAGACUAUUAGUAUUGAUACCCAUGGUUCGGAAAAAUUACAUGAAAAUAUAAAUGAUAACACUUCUUGUCUCACAUGUACAAUGGGAUUAGAAACAGCUUUUGUGACUUUGCUAUUAGACGGCCUGUCAAAUGCAACCAAAGAAGAAUACUUAAGACUUCACAACAAAAUGGCGCCAUACAAAAUUUCAUUUGCAUUGGAUAGCGAAGAACCCAAAGUAUUAAGUACAUUGAAGGAUUUGGCUAAACUGCUUUUCUAUAAAUUAAAAUCUAAGGAUAUAUCAGCUUGGCUUCCAGACUUUACACUUCCAAUACAAUCACAGGUUAAAGAAAAUCUACAUUUAGGCGUAACAUAUACAGCAAUAUUAAACGAAAAUACACUUUCUAAUGGAAUAUUUCAUUUACUAAACAGCAGUACUAUGCUAAGAGAACAAGUACACGUUGCAGAUUUCGACGGCUACGCAGCUUUAUUGUGUAAAAAAUAAAAUAUAUCACUUUUCAUACAAUAAAAGUUUAUAUUAAGUAAAA